AGCCAUUUCUUAGAAAACAGGGUUACGGCGUAUUGAGUAUUUGCGACGGGUUGAAUAGCAUGUCAUGAAAGUGGUUCUUUGCGGGUAGUGGACUUGUGACAAAGUAUAGUACCUUUUUGGAAUACUUCGUACGUAUAAAGUGCCAAUUUAUAGAGGACCCUCUCAUGUACCGGGCUUGAAGGACUAAUCGAUUGUUAGCUACGCAAAGACAAGCAAAAUGGACGGUGCUUCGAAUGAGCCUUUCCCCCAGGACUUUGAUGCUGAUGCGCAUGCGCGUUUUAUUGAGAGCUAUCUGGAUAAAGAGGAGGAUACGAUGUUAGCCUUCAUGACAGCGCAUUUGCGAACUGGUGGCGCCUACUGGGGGUUUACGUGCCUGGAUUUGCUUCAUAAACUGGACGAAGCGCCUACUGGUUCUGGUGACGCAAGUGAAUCUGCGUCUUCGUCCGGUAACCUUGGUCGUGCCUCGGCGUCGACGAAGAAAGAGCAUCUGGAUGCAGAUAAGAUCUGCGCGUGGGCACUAUCCUGUCAAAACGCUGACGGAGGUUUUGGCUUCAAUGCCAGCCAGGACUCUCAUAUCACCGCAAGUCAUUAUGCUGUGUUGGUUCUCUGUGAUUUUGGCAGAUUGAGUCUUUUGGAUGAGAAAUUUCCAGCUGCAGUUCUUAAAGGCGGAGAUGAAGGAAACAAUGCAGAAUCAUCGACAAUUACUAGAAAGGAAGCUUUGUUACGUUGGAUCGCGGCGCGACAGUGCAAAAGCCAGACUCCAUCUUCCCAAGGUGCAGACUCUACUUCUUGUAGCAAUCCUAAUCCUGCUGGAGACAUUAUCAAUACUCGUGUUGGCGGGGUCACGGAUGCGUGCGAAUGCUGUGAAGUAGAGGAUGAGUCGCCGACGCGAUUGCAGUCUGGCGGAGCCUCUAGCAGUUCCUCCGGUCCGCUAAAAGACUCUACUGGCGUUGCAGAGAGUGCUGGAUGGCCUACGCUACGCGUGCAGCAGCGACUCAUCUUCCGGCAAGACGAAGGAAGUUUUACCGCUGAUGUGUGGGGUGAAACUGACCCACGUCUAGUCUACAACGCCUUUGCUUGUUGCGCGAUUCUUGGGGCCCUUGAUCGCAUCGACGUUGCCGCCGGCUGUACUUAUCUCUCGCGAUGCUACAACGCAGACGGCGGAUUCGGUUCCAAGCCGGGGAGCGAGUCACAUGCAGCUUACACUUGGUAAUAGAUUUUUUCUUUUGUGAUUGGGUAUGGCUAUGGGUUUCUUGGUAUGGUCCUCAUCUAUAUUCUAUCUAUAAUUCAGCGCAAGCGUCCUCGUUCAUCUUUGUUUCAUUUUCAAAUUUAACACGUUUUCCAGGGUUUGCGUCGCUGCUCUCGCUGUUGUCGACAGCAUUUGUCUGAUAGACGUCGACCGGACGGGCUGGUUUCUCUGUUCGCGACAGACCGUCCAUGGUGGUCUUAAUGGACGACCAGAAAAGGCACCCGACGUGUGCUAUAGCUGGUGGAUUCUCGCAGCUCUCGGAAUAUUAAAUCGUAUGCACUGGAUUGACGCACGCAAACUUGGUUCUUGGAUCUUGCAGUGCCAGGACGUGGCCGCUCGAGAACAGCUUCCGUGCGGGGCCGAGGACGCAAAAGACGAUCAUGCUGUAGCCGAAGUUGCGGUAGAAGAGGAGAUGAAAACUGUCGUCGAGAAGCACCACAAAGCAUCUUCUCUCACAAAAGGCGAAGAUUCUAGUACAGCAAAUGAAAAAUCCGAUUGUCCCGCUACUGCUGAAGCUACCGCGGCUGCAAGAACGCCUGAAACCACUCAGUCAGGCGGUGGCAUUGCGGACCGACCAGGCAACGAACCUGACCCUUUUCACACUUUCUUUGGGACCGCAGCUCUGAGUUUGAUAGUACACGAGAUGCCUGAGUUGCGUUCGCAGCUUGUUGGUAACGUCCCUGUUAAAAAAAUCGACCCCGUAUUCGCAUUAGCUGAAGAAACAGUUCAAGGAUUAGGCCUCGCAUACUAAAUGAGGGGAUCUACGGAGAAUUUUCCGUUUCCGAUAGCGACUGCGUAGAAGUACAUGGAGGAACUUUAACGCUAACUGAAGAAGUUGAUUCGCUCUCGUGAUGCUGAUGCUCCAACUUCAGCCUUGACUUUUUCCCCUCACUCGACCAGUUUUACCUCUUUCCAUUGGCUUGAGACGCUCGCUUUUCGCGUUCAGUUGAU